UUUUCUAAACAUUAACCUCUUAAGUAUACAGACCGAAUACGUUCAUCAAGUUUGCAAACUCAAUUUAAACAUUUCCUAUAAUGAUACGAAGUAAUCCCUAAAGAUUAUAAUUCACUAGCGAUUAUCAACCAAUAGCUGAUAUACAUAGUAUACGAAAUAUACACACAUUAUUACAUGUAUCUCUUUGACAAUUUUUGGCGGUAUCUUAUCAAUCUGAGGUGUUAUCAAUGAUUAUUAAAUUUACCAAAGUAAUAAGCUGUUCUUCAGAACAUCCAUCAUACCCUGUAUCUAAUCUUCUGCAACAUCGUUCACAUUCCUCAUGGCGUUGCGCAAAACCAGGAGAAAUGCUUGCAACUGUUAUUUUUCAAUUGGCAGAAUCAUCUUGUAUCACAGGUUUAGACCUUGGCAAUUAUCGUAGUUGCGUAGUAGUUGUUACUGCUUCUACAGCAUCAGAACCUGACAUAUGGCAUCCCAUUGUGAACCAUCAAUUCUUAACGCAUGAUGAAGCUGCAAAUGGCAAAUUUAGAGAUCAAGUACAGAUAUUUACAAAAAAAGACCUAAAUCCAGACACAAUAAAAAUAAAGUUUGAUCGUGUAAAAGUAACUUGCAUGCAGUCAGCAAAUUUGAAAGAAUUAUUUGGACUGUCCUUCAUUGAAUUAAAAACAGAAGUUGUACUUGAUCUGGGAUUAGAUAUUUUUGGAAGAUUCAAAUUGAAAAAUCCUGAGGAAAAUAACAUUGAUGACAUUAAAGAAAGGUAUAUGAAAAUGAUUGGCCACAAGAAAACAGAUUAUAAGGCUGAAUUGCUUGCAAAAGUUAAAGAAACAGGUAUGAGUAAUUUUUCUAAGCGACAAGAAGAAGAUAGAGAACCAAUGAAAAGGCCGUUAUUGCAAAAGUUGGAAGCUGGCAAAACAGAAGAAGUAUUUGGGGCUAGGAACAAAGAUUCUAAUAGUUCAACUUCAAUGAAUGAUACUAAACAUAAAAAUGAAAAAGUUACAAAUGAUAAACCGGUAGUAAGAACUCCAUUUGGUGAUGUUGUAUCUUCAACUUCAAUUAAAGAGAAUAAAAAUGAUAUACAGAAAAAUGACAGCCAAAAAAAUGGUACACUUUCAAGAAAACGUACUUUAUCUCCUGAACAAAGUUCCUCAAAACAGAAUAAAAGAAAACAAAAUUGUUCUCAAUGCCAAGAUGAAAACAAACUAUGUAAUAACUGUGGAAAGUUACCAAAACCUAAGACAAUAAUUACACCUAACAAACCUGUGAAACAACCAAAAAAAUCAUUUUCAAAGCUUUUUGAAGAUGUAUCAUUUUCACUUAGUGGAUAUGUUAAUCCACAGAGAGAUGAAAUUAGGAAAAAGGCUCUUCAAAUGGGUGCAAGAUAUAUUGCUGAUCCUAACACAACUAACAAAAGAUGCACUCAUUUAAUCUGUGCCUUUAAGAAUACACCAAAGUAUCAACAAUUAAAGGGCCACUCUAAAAUUGUCUCACACACCUUUGUUGAAAAAUGUUUUAGUGAAAAGAUAAGAUUUCCUUGGAGACGAUAUGCCCUAGAUACCAAAGACAGUGCUGAACCAGAAAGUGAAGAAGAGAUUUUAGGUAGUUCAUCUCCACUCAAUGCAUUUGAAGAGGAUACGGAUUCGGACUCUUAUUACUGAGAUCAAUAUUUUUAUAUUUUUCAUGUGUUGAAAAUAAGUGCUGGUACAGAACUCAAUAUAUAUGUACAUAAUAAAUAUAAUUAUUUAAUAUAUUA